AUGGCAAGCAUUGAUGAGGUAGUAACCUCUCCCUCUAAAUUGCUCCCAGUGAAGCAGGAGAUAAAGUGUUCUGAACACAACAAGUCUUUAGAGAUCUUUUGUGGAACCCAUUACUCCAACAACUUCAUUCUUGUUGCCGACAACCACAAGAUCCAGAAAAUAUCUAUGGAUGGGAAAUGCAUUACAUCAGUUGGUAAACAAGGUAUGGACCACUGGAAUUUGCAUGUUCCUCGUGGUAUCGCAAUUUCUCUUAUAACUGGACAGAUUUAUAUUGCAGAUGAAAGUAACCAUCGUAUACAAGUUUUAAAUUCAGAUUUGACUUUCUCUCAUACAUUCGGUUUGAAAGGAUCAGCUGAGGGACAGUUAAUUCUCCCAGCAGAUGUUUCUAUCGACAGACAAGGUGUCAGUGACAGUGAGAAUGAGAUCAGAGAGCAAGAUGAAGUCAUCAAGGAGGAGAUAUAUGUUAUGGUGGAAGAAAUGAUUGAUGUCCUUCGUCAGUCUGAGAGACAGCUGACUAGAGAGGUAGACACAGUUACUGAUAAAGAUGGCAAAAAGGGGAAGUCUUUUGGUCUUAGAAAUGGAUUUAGAAAUGUCAAAUUCUUUCAUCCUCGUGGUGUAGCUAUUACUCCAGACAACUUCAUUCUUGUUGCUGAUGAACACAAGAUCCAGAAGAUAUCUAUGGAAGGGAAAAAGUCUGUUACACUAGAUCAAGAAGGCAAUCAUUGUGUUUCUAUCUUCACUUCUGAUGGUCAGUUUGUACGUGCUUUUGGAGCAUAUGGUAGCAGUGUGGGUCAGUUUAAUCUUCCAAAUGGAAUAACAUUUGACAGAGAUGGAUGUUGUUAUGUUUGUGAUAUGUACAAUAAUAGACUAGUAGAAUAUUGA